ACGUUUCCACUGGCACCAAAACAAACCGAGAUUUCCCGUAGCCGCGAAGCGAAGUGCACGUUUUUUCCUUGUUUUUUGCCCACAGAACAAAAUUAAUUAUUAUUUCUGAUUCUACUUGCGUAACGAGAUGUCUCAGAAAGAAAAACUACAAAAGAAAUUGGAGCAGGAGUAUAUAGAAACACAGCCAGGAAAUAAUCCAAAAACAUCAGAUUAUUACACAGUUCGAGAUGUUCCUGAGCGUUUUGACAAGCCAGAAACAUUGCCAGAAAGUCAUCAUAACGUAGGCAACCCUGUUUUCUCGUGUCCUACCACGGUGGAUGCAUCUGUACCUCCCUUAGGACCAGAGCAAGAUAUGUUUAAAGGUUAUGGAAUGAAACAACCUCAUCCGAUGUAUAUGACCAGUGCGAUGGAAUACGGAAAUCGCAAGCCGACAGUUCAUGUAAUGCCACAAACGUUUCAUGCGAAGAGUCAGAAAUUUUCAGAACACUUAGGACAGUGUGGAAUGUAUCGCAACUACUCGCUGAACACUUCUGUUGAUAAGAAUCCAGUGUCUAGCCAGUUCGAUGGUAUAUUUUAGAUUUUAUAGAUAAUAUAUAUUUUACUUGAAUGAUGUUAUAUUUUUCUCUGUCUUUGUGAAUAAUAUAGUACAUAUUGUAUAAAUGCUUUAACUAAUUAAACAAAUUAUUUAA